AUGACUGAACCCGCCACCUCAGAACCUAUAAGCCCUAAGAAACAGCGUCCCUUCAUCAUUGCAGUUGAAUACCUUCUCGGUAGAGAUUUAUGUGCUGUCCUAGCUUGUUUUGCCUGCCUAUUGGCUCCUGUAAUAGCAGGGGUUGGUCUUGGAUUCACUAGUCCAACAAUAGAUACUAUGAGUAAUAGUGUAAUAUCGCCCAAGACUGGUCAACGUAUUCCAAUAGGGUCUAAUUCCAAUCUUUAUGUAUUCCACUCUUCUGCUAUCUCCAGUUUCUUCAGUGCUGUUUUUACCCUUGGUGCGUUGGUAGGGGCAUUAGCUGGUGGGCCAAUAGCAGAGCCAUUUGGUCGUCGCUAUGCACUAAUGGUAUCAUCCCCUAUUAGUGCAUUGUCCUACUUAGUCAUAGCAUUAGCCAAUAAUGCGGCUCUCCUCGUGGUCUUUCGUUUUAUUGCUGGCUUUGGUAUGGGUAUUGGCUCCUUCGUUACAGGUGUUUAUAUUAGUGAAAUUGCCCCGACGCAUCUUCGUGGUGUUCUGGGUGCAGCUAAUCAACUGUGCUAUUCCUUUGGUGCUUUGUUCGUUUAUGGUAUUGCACUUUGCACUUUAACUAGUGCUGGUUCAUCUCAUCCUGCAGCAACAUCUGGUACAUUCUGUGACUGGAGAACAUUGUCUUACUACUGUAUGAUACCUAGCGGCUUACUCUUUUUCACUAUGUUUCUGUCGCCUGAGACACCACGAUGGUUGGCCACACGCGGUAGACUCGACGAAGCGAAGAGGUCUCUGGUACUAAUCCGGGGUUUACCGAUCACAGAUUGCCAAUUGGAUGCUGAGGUCGGAGUUCUCAAUGAACUUGCGGCAGCUAAUGGUAGUGGGGAGAAGGGUAUGUUGUUCAAGGAUAGACUUAGACUACUGCUAUGCGAGAAUACGCGUCAGUGUAUCAUUGCAUGCGAUAUACACUCGUUCACUCAGUUCAUUGGUCUUAAUGCCCUCGCGUUCUAUCAGACUAGUUUCUUUCAACUCGCCGGACUUGACAACGCUAAUGUGAUGGCUCUCACGGUACAGCUCGUAACAGCAGUGUCCAAUCUCGCAGCUUGCUUUUUGGUGGAUCGUCUCGGCCGGAGACCGCUUAUCUUAUGGAGCAGUCUUGGUAUGGCUGUAGGCCAGUUCCUCUUGGGGUUAUUCUUCUAUUUGGACCGUGACGGCACAGCUGGGGACCUAGCAUGGUUGCCUGUAUUAGCCUGCUAUAUUGUCCAAGUAGCAGUGGCUACGGGCGUGGGCCCGAUACGAUGGAUGCUCUCUGCUGAGCUCUUUCCCGAUGAGAUUCGCGGUAUGGCAUCUAGCAUGGCAACGACAGCCAACUGGUUGUCUGCUUUCAUCGUAAUUGAGCUGCUAACCCCCGCGGUAGAUGGCACGUCCUUACAGACUGUUUUCUGGUUCUUCGCGGCUGUUGGAGUGGCUCUUGCGACAUUCGUAUGGUUCUUGAUACCAGAAACAAAGGGAAAGAGCUUGGAGGAAAUACAAAAGAUAUUUCAUCGUUCUAAUAAUGAAUAA